CCAGUCGUCAACAUUACAUUCGUGACAUUUCCAACCGACAGUCAAGUUUUGUUUUCGUACACAAUUUCAAGCAAUUCAUAAAUUUUACAUUCCCAUAAAAAAAUUAAAACAUCAAGUAAUAUCAUUAUUUUGGAUGUGACAUUUUACAUAAAUGAAUGUAUUAAACAGCUCCAUUUACACGACGCACUUGUAAAAAAUCCAACUGGUUUUCAACUUCCGUUUAUUGACUAAAAGAAUUGCAAAACAUACUACAAAUCUAUAAAUAAAUUUACGGAAACGAUAGUAAAAAAUGUCGCAACCUGUUGCAUUCCUAACACGCAAAGAAACCUUCAGUGCUUGCCAUCGUUUACAUAGUCCACAUUUGAGUGAUGCGGAAAAUGCUGAAGUCUUUGGAAAAUGUAACCAUAUAAACGGACAUGGCCACAAUUAUACUGUUGAGGUUACUGUACGUGGACCCAUUGACAUUCGUACGGGCAUGGUAAUGAACAUUACAGAAUUGAAGAAUGCUUUAGACAAGGUGGUGUUCAAGGAUUUAGACCAUAAGAAUUUGGAUAAAGAUGUAGAUUUUUUCAAAAAGACUCCCAGCACUACGGAAAAUGUGUGUGUUUACAUUUGGGAUAAUGUACGACAGCACCUACAACAUCCAGAAUUAUUAUAUGAGGUUAAGAUUUUUGAGACUGAUAAAAAUUCCGUAACUUAUCGUGGACCAUAUAAUCAGAAUGGUCAUUAUCUAAGUUUGAUACAAAAACGUUCAGCAAAAACUUCUUGCAACAACAUUUCGUCUGAUUCAGAUUAGAUCGGUAGAGAGAACGAAAAAACUCGAAAUGAAUUUGUGAAUAUGAAUUUAUACAAAAUUAGUUAAGCAAACAGAAAGUGUAAUUGAAACAAUAAAACCUUAGAGCAAAUAUUUUAUUCUACAUAGCAA